CAUGCACCGCGGCUGUGUUGCUGCUGCUUUGAGAACGACGUAAAACGAAAGCUACCUCUUCUUGGAUGCUCUCAGAUACGGAACUUAGGCUAUGACUUCACUGUUGCCCUAAAGCCAUCGCAGCUUGUUUUUGCGAUUUCUUCAACCCAAGACCUACCAGACAAUCGCCGCCGCGAGGUUGGGAGGGAGAGCAUCGUCGUGGAGGAGAAAGGCUCAUAGGGUUAUACUAGUGAAUCCGGGGGCAGCAUUACCGAUAAAAUCAAGGGCACUUUCGAACCAUGUCUCUGCAGCCCUAUAUAAACAAAAAGGUCCUGGUUCUCACUGUCGAUGGCCGCACCUUGAUAGGCACGCUUCUCUCCACGGACCAACUCACCAAUCUCGUCCUGUCGGAAACGGUGGAGCGGAUAAUCAGGCCGCCAGAUGACCCUGAACCGAGCUCAGAAGUUGACCAUGGACUAUAUCUGAUUCGUGGCGACAACGUGGUGAUAUGCGGGGAGAUUGACGAAGAGGUAGACGGGAAGAUCGACUGGUCGAAAGUCAAAGGCGAGGUCAUCAAGGGAACGAAGAAUUAUUGAGAGGCGCACCUUGUCCAUACUCGCAACGCCAAUAAAACAAAAUAAUAAUGGUCUUUCAGCGAGGCGUUUGGCUCCCCCGGGCAUACGGCUGGCUAGCACAAUGUUACAUACCAUGGAGAAGUUCGGGCAUUGCAGUAUAAGGUUCGGAUAAUUUUUUUUUUUUGGUCCUUCGUGGCGUAUCUCGUCAAAAACACCUCUUGAUAUGGAGUACGGCAUUCCCUCCCGGCUUGUUCGGCAGAUUGAAGGUGUACGACUAUGUCUACUAUUUCGAAACGAUGCCAAUUGAACAAUUGCAGCCCUGUUUAGAAGAUAGGUGGUGAAUUGGGUUACAAGUCUGAUGUACCUAUCGUCGGGCCCGAGCAACAAUAUGAAGGGGAAUGCAGCUAAUUCAAUUGGGCCAAGCGUAUAGUUAACCAGGA